AAAUAUAUAUACGUAAGGGCUUGUUGUAACUAAAAGUUAAAAUUGAUAAUUACCACAGCAAGAAUAUGGCGGACGAAAGCAUUACUCGAAUGAACCUGUCGGCAAUUAAGAAGAUAGACCCCUACGCCAAGGAAAUCGUUGACUCGUCGUCGCACGUCGCAUUCUACACCUUCAACUCGGAACAAAAUGAAUGGGAGAAAACUGACGUCGAGGGCGCUUUUUUCAUAUAUCACCGCAACGCCAAGCCAUUUCACAGCAUUUUCAUCAACAAUCGUCUAAAUACAACUUCAUUUGUGGAGCCAAUCACUGGGAGCCUGGAACUACAGUCGCAGCCCCCCUUCCUCCUCUACCGCAACGAGCGCUCACGCAUCCGCGGAUUUUGGUUCUACAACAGCGACGAGUGUGACCGCAUGAACAGUGUAGUGAACAGCUUGCUGCAGAAUAAGGAAUCCAAUGGCCAGGUGACGAAUACUAAUCCGGCCCCUACGUUUGUGAUCCCCAAACACGACAAUGCAAGCAUAUUUAAUAUGCUUAGCAAAGCCCAGAAGGAGUACAACGCACAGUGCAACAGCCACUCCAAGCCAGUGCAACAGGAAAAUGUGACCCCUGGGAAUGUACUCAAGUUCUUCGAGUCGGCCAAGCAGGCUACAGCGGAGUCGCUUUUCAAUCGCGUACAGCCGCUCUCAGUGGAUCAAUUGGAGAAGCAGCAGCGUGCAGCAACGCCUAGCGAAGGCUUAAUUCCAUCGUCGAAUAGAGAGGCUCCUGUCGAGAGCCGGCUCUCGCCUUUUCAGAAGCCAUCGUUGAAUGCUCAGCCCUUGCCACUGCUCAGUGAAUUGAAAAUCGGAUCUCCAUUGAUGGCAAACGAAGACGCUGGCAACUGUCUUCGGCGUUUGCUGGUGGGUGACCAGCCGGAAGUAAAGCCGGCCCUAAUGCCACCUUCCAUGUUCGAUGCACCCAAUGGGAAUCCGGAAUUCGCGAGGCAGCCGCCCGUACAGCCAUUGAGCUCGUCUCGCUUUGUGCAGGCCUUCACUUAUCUUAUCCAAAACGAUAAGGAGUUUGUCAAUAAGUUGCACAGAGCAUAUUUGAAAUUCGAUGAAGAUUCUUAUUAAAACAUGAAUUUAUGUAUAUGAUUUA